AUGGUGCCAGAGUCCUGCGGCAUCACGGUUAUUGACUUAGAAAGCAGCGCAGUUAAGUUUCCUCAAGAAAAUACAGUUAAAUGCAAAAAUGGUCAUUUGCUGUUAAUUGGAAAACCGUAUUUCCGUCCAAAGGCACGACUGUCACCUAGCACUGUUUGCUAUGAUGGGUCCAAAACAUUAGUGGAAAAGUUAAAUGCGUGCAAAUUGAUUAGCGAAGUUACUGAUGUAUUGGAUGAUAUGAUUGGAGGUUGGGCAGUUAUUUAUUACAGGGAAGACUUCAAGAAAGUACUGCUCGGACGUGAUGUAUUUGGCAGAAAAAGUUUAUUGUGGAAGCGAAUGGAUAAAAGAUUUUAUUUUUCUAAUUUCGCUUGUGAUCGGCAGCACAAUUGGUACGAUGUGCCAUCGGGUACAGUGACUGUUCUUGAUUUGUGCAAUGAAGAAAAUACCAUUAUAUUUCAUGUUUUCGAAGUCAGCGGGCCGUGGAUAGAGCAAUUUAAUAAACUGUGUCGGGUGCAGAGAAAAGUAGUUUCAGAAAGACUCAUACCUUCACAUGAACUGUCUUUUAAAAAUGUAAGUUGCGAAGACAUGGCGAAGGUUAUGUUGAAACAGCUGAAGGAAGCUGUACAUCGCACAAUUUCUAAUCUGGAUAAUUUAACGAAAUGUAUAUCAUUAUCGUUCAGUGGUGGUGUAGACAGUUUGUUAAUUGCUCAUUUGUUGGCUCAGUGCAUACCGCAGAAUAUGCUAUUGGAUCUAGUGAAUGUUGCUUUUGACAAGAGAAAGAAUUGUGAUGGAGUUCCGGAUCGACUACAAAGUAAAAAGGCAUUCAAAUAUCUCCGAUCUUACUAUCCUGAACUCUCUCUUCGUUUGCUUCUGGUUAAUGUUGAUCUGAAUGAAUUGGUACACUGCCGAAAAAAGUACAUAUCAGGUUCAGUGGCUCCAGCUUGCUCUGUCUUAGAUGAUUCGAUUGGAUGCGUGCAGUGGUUCGCCGCUCGUGGCGAAGGACUCCUGUUCGAGGAUGAGGAAAAGUCUCUUGUACCUGGAAAAUCAGAAGCCAGAACUGUAGUUGUCGGUAGCGGUGCAGAUGAAUUAUUUGGUGGUUAUAUGCGGCAUAGAACCACUUAUUUAAAGAGAGGAAGAAACGCGGUGGUGGAGGAAUUGCGUGAAGAGCUGAAAAGGAUUGGUGAAAGGAAUCUUGGGCGCGAUGAUAGAGUGGUCACAAGUCUGGGCAAGGACCUAAAGUCGCCGUUCCUUGAUGAUUUAUUUGUUGAAUGGGUUACCUCUCUACCUCUCGAAUACAAAACUGACUUUACACAACCUCGAGGGAUUGGCGAAAAGUGGUUGAUACGAGAGGCAUUAAAACUGUUAGAAACACCACAGAUGUUAUGUCUCACUCCGAAACGUGCUAUGCAAUUUGGUACGAGAAUAGCAAAUUUAGAAAAUCGAGGAGAAAAAGGAAACGACUUUUGUCCUAGACUUUUGGAAAAAUGA